AUGGCUAGAAUAUCAAUUAACGGUACUACAAAACAAAAAGCACGUUUGGAUAUAGAUGGUUUCUCAUACAUAAAAGAUCGCACUACGAAUGAAAAAACAUAUUGGCGUUGUAUUAAUUAUUUUUCUCAAAAUUGUCGCUCUCGUCUUCAUACAUGUAUUAUUACGAACAAUAUUGUGAAACCUGCUACUGAACAUAGUUGUAAAACUGAUGGUACAGUAAGUGAACUUCGUAAAUUUGACGAACAAAUCGUUUAUCGUGCGCUUAACACUCAAGAAACACCGGAUCUUAUCGUGACACAUUGUUGUAAAGACAUUUAUUUGGCAGAGAUGGCGGACCCGUCUCUAUCACGUGUACCACCGCGUGAUCACGUAAAACGACGCAUUCGGAUGUUACGACAAGAUAAAAAUUUACCAUCAGCACCGAAUGAUCCAAAUUUUGCUUCGGUUCCAAUUUCAUUAACAAAAACUUUACGUCAAGAUCAAUUUUUACGUUGUGGUACGGGGGCUGGUGAUGAUAGAAUAAUGGUAUUUGGUAGUACAGAACAACUUGAUAUUUUACAGUCAGUGGAUGAUUUUCUUGUUGAUAGGACAUUCAAGUUUCACGGUUUACGAAAAUACGUACUUUAUUUAGGACGUCUUCGACCGAAUCAAACAAGACGACAGCCCAAGUUUGGUAUUGAUUUUUGGAAUAUGUACCAUCGGACAACGGACGCGGUCACGAGAACAAAUAACGCUGCGGAAGCUGAUCAUCGUCGAAUCGGCUCGGUUUUUCAGUGUUCACAUCCAACACUUUGGUCCUUCCUAGAGAAGCUAAUUGAAGAAGAAAAUGCGACACAUAUGGAGAUUUUACACAUUAAUGCUGGUCAAGCACCCAAAUUGAAAAGUAAAAGAAACGAACGUUUUGAAAAACGUUUGUUAAAUAUUAUCUCUAACCCACACGCAGAUGUUUUAAAACAACGUGAUUCUAUUGCAAUGAAUGAAGCCGAUGCAAAAGCAUUUCAAAAGAAAUUGUUAGAGAAGCAAAAUAGUACACCGCUUUUACCAAAAGAAACAACGACACUGAUCUCUCAUCGAAAAUCCUCAUCAUUCGAUUUUAUUUCUGCAUUAUUACUACCAUCUAAUCAAAUACAAGAGGGUUGCUCUAAUAAUGAAGUGAUGGUUAAAUCAUCUCAGCAACAACGACAGACGCACUGUAUCAGGACUCAGAGUAGAAUAGAACUUCCUUCGUCUUCAACAUCGCCGCCCGUUUUCAUUAAGCUACAUUCAUUUGAAUAUGAACAUUCAAAAUGUAAACACUCAUACUCACGAUCACCAUCAAGAUCAAGCACAAGUCGAAAAAAAGGGGUCAAGUUAUUUAAACCGACAACAAUCACAAUUAAUCUCGAUAAUCAACAAAGUAGAGGAGAUAAACAUGAAGAGGGUGCAUACAAACAAAGCGAACAUGAGAGCGAUGGAAAGCAUAUAUCCGAUGAUGCUGAUUCAGUUAUUGAACAGAAGUCGCCAGCAGAAAUAACAACAAUGGGUGAUCUCCUCUUAAAAUCAGGUGUCUGCACGGGUACUUCAUCAAUCAUUAUCAUCAAAGAGAGACAGAUUAAAAAUUUUACAGCUUAA